AUGGCAUCAAGCAGUGAAGACGAUCAUGAACUGAACAUUUGCGACGAAGAAGAAAAUCAGAUGAAAACUGAAGGUUCAACACGAAUUUACGAUCGUCAUAACAAAGAAAAUCAGCAAGACUUGCCAUCAAUCUUUCCAUCAUUAACUUAUCCACUUCUCCUUCCAUUUGCUCAACCGUCAAUAAAAACAAACGGUUUAUUCCUUCCAAGUUUGUUCCCCUAUUCGUCACCAACGCCAUCGACUACAGAUAUUCCAUCAUCGUCUUCAUCAACGACGACAACAACAACAAAUCGACGACGCCGUCGUACUUCAUCAUCACCAACGAAUGAAAAUAGCACAACUGGUGACGAAUUAACCGAUCUACGUUUGAAAAUCAACUCACGCGAACGUAAACGUAUGCAUGAUCUCAAUUCUGCUUUGGAUAGUUUGCGUGAAGUCAUUCCUUAUGCGCGAAAUCCAUCGGUACGUAAACUAUCCAAAAUGGCAACAUUAUUACUAGCAAGAAACUACAUUGUCAUGUUAACGAAAUCACUUGAUGAGAUGAGACAACAUGUUGCCAAUUGCUAUCAACAUAAAGCUGAUCAAGAGAAAUUACCAGCAAUGUGUCCGAAAGCGCAACUGAAUUUACCGUGUUUUUGUUCGAUCUGUUUAACAUCGAAUAUGAAAAUCGAACAGGAACGUCAACAAGCAUUUCCAUCAAUCAUAUCAUUUGUUCCCAGCACAUCGAAUACGAAAACUUAA